AUGAAAUCUUACGAUGCGACCACGGAUCCGGAGGAUCACCUGUUCGCUUUCAUGAGGCAAAUGCGCCUGCAAAUGGCUGCGGAUGCGGUCAGAUGCAAGACCUUUCCAAUGUUUCUGGACGGAAAGGCGCGUCAAUGGUUCCAGGGCCUUCCCCCCAGGUCUAUUCGAUCCUUUGCCCAGCUCACACGACUGUUCUCAGCACAGUUCGUUUCGUCGCGGGUCUUCUCCAAAAGCACUGCCCACUUGAUGACCAUCCAUCAGAAGCCUGAGGAGUCCUUACGCGAGUUUAUGGUGCGCUUCAAUAAUGAGUCCCUCCAGGUCCGCGACCGGGAUGACAAGGUAGUCAUGGCCGCCUUUAUUAACAGGCUGCGUAAACAGAAACUCUACACCGAACUCGUGGAAAGACCUCUCAAGUCAGUACGAGAGAUACAGGACCGAGCUCACGAGAAGGCCAACGUUGAGGAGGCCAAUCGCCUAAAGAGCAUGCAGGAGAGACUAAGGAACGAUAAGCGCAGGAGAAGCACUGAUCAGAUAGACGUGCGGCCUGGCCAGAGGCGGAAGAAUGCCUACGACCGCCUGCCCAGGACUCGGCCCCUGGGAGGAGACAAGUCAUGGACUACCCUCACCGCACCUCGAUCUCGGGUCCUGGCAGUGAUGGAACAGGAAGGGCUCUCCCGACCUCCCCGGCUCUUGGCCGGAGACAUGAGCAGACGGGACCAGGGUCUGUACUGUGCGUAUCACCGAGAUGUGGAACACGAUACGGAGGACUGUCAUCACCUCAAGAAAGAUAUCGAAAAGUUGAUUAGACGAGGCCACCUCGGGCAAUUCAUACGUGAUGAACGAACUGACCAGCGACGGGAAAGGCCCCGACCGGAGCACCUGAGCUACUCUCGAGACUGA